GUGUUUCAUCUUUGCUCUACAUUAACUCUGUAGACCCGAAUUUGUCUGAAAAUUAAUUUGUUACCAAUUCGGCUCUACAGAGGUUUUUGUGGCUCAUAUUUUGCGUCAUUUUCAAUUGCUGCGAUUUAGUUCAUCGAGUUCCUCCGCUCACCAUGAAAAUAAACUUGCUAUUUCAUCAUAAUACAUAUUACAGCUGUUCCUAUGAAAGCAUGAAAAACUCAUUCUGAUCAUUCUUCAUGUAACCCACUCUUUAUAAUCCUCUUUGACCUUUUCUCUUUCUUUUUUAUCUGUCUCUUUCUAGAUUAAUCUAUGGAGGGUGGAUUCGUUCACAUGAAUUUUUAAAAAUCUGAAUGAUUAAACUUCAGCUUUUCGAACCAUGAGAAAGUUAAUCUUGGUUCUGGUCGAGUAAAAUUGGCUCCUUUCCUGUGACUUUGUACCAUAAAGUAUGGUUCAAUAUCCUUCACAAUAAUGGGUUGAAAUACCUUCCAUGUGAAUUAAAACCACAUGGUGAAUAUUAAACCAUGUAUUUUGGUUAUAAAUAAUACAAGUUAAUCAUCUAGACUACAAGUUAACUUAGGUUUAAUCAUUAAAAAUGGACACAUCUGGAAGUUAUUCUGAUCAAUAUGUGACCCAACAGUCACAGUCUAACUGACUACUCUGGCUCCACUCAUGUCUGAUUAACAGUUCAUCAUCCAAGCCUAAGCUGAUGUUUUUCAAGUCCAACCAAAAAUCAUCUGCUGUUCAAUUUGAAAGUUUGUCAAUCAACUCAUUUCUUCAAGUUUUCAGUGAUUCUGUUUUUCGAUGGCAUUAAUUGUAUACCGUGGUCACAAAGGCCUAUGUAGAGUUGAUUCAGACAGGUUUAGAGACAAGAGGCUGCCUCAACAUCGUAUUAUCAAGGAUGGUCACAUCAAUGAGUUAACCGAGCUGACAUUUGUCGAUUUCAUUCCUUCUUUUUGUAAAAAGGUCAAAGAGCGAGUUGUCUACCACAGUUUCAGCUCAUUAGUUUGUCUAGCAAACGAAUGGCUUCAUCGUCACAAUGGCUGGGAAAUUAUUAGCUGUGAAACUGUUCCUCAAUACAAUCACAGUGUUGUUUCAGAUAUUGAAUACUCAGCUGAUGUUUAUACGCUACGUCUGUGGAUUAAACGGUCUCAUGUUAACUAUGGUGGUGAUGAUAUAAUCUUUUGGUACAAAGAUUUUGUUCCUUCUCGCCGAGCUGAUGGUUCCUUUGAGCAACUUGAAGAUCUCAUCAAAGAUAUUAAUGAAGAGAUUCUUGGAGGAAGAAUAAAUGGCAAAAUUUUGCAAAUUGAAACCAUCAAGAUUGGUGCCACAGAUGAUUGGGAAUAUCGUAAUGAUGCUACUUAUAUUUCAGAUGGCAAAACUACAAGAGAUAUUCAUCGUUUUACCAAUGUAAUUAUCGGAAUAAGAGUUUUCUUCCAAAUUGGAUCCUGGUUGGAAGAUGAAAUUGUUCUGGUUGACUUUGUUCCUGAAUUUGAUUGUAAUGUAAUGGAUACUGGAAAUUCAUUACAAUCUGGUAAUAAAGAGAAAUUUUCUGAUUUGAUCGAUAAAUCCUCAAAAUGGUUAGCUCUCAAUCCAGAUCUUAACUUUUGUAACGCCCAAGCUGUAGACAUACGCGUAAGAGAUUCUGACAACUCUGUUGAAACUCGGCGAACUUGGUGGAUGAAACAAGAAACCGAUAAAAUGGUACGAUUUCUGAGAAUCUAUUGCACAAAGCCAAAUGAAAUGGGACGUUUAAUGGCUGCUUCAAGUAGCGAUUUAUCAAUGUUUACCCAAAACUCUGAUUUGAUUAUAUCUGCUGUUGCUUUUGAUCAAAGGACAUUCCAUGAAGACGUUACUGAUUGGUAUAAAACAUUUCAGGCAACACAAAAAGAAGGCGAUCGACUGAUUAAAAGACGAGUAGCAACAAUUGAAACUUGUGUGGUUCCUCCUUUUGUACAUAAUGAAAAUGGAUCGUCUUUUCAAAGCUCUGUUGAUCAAACAUUACUUGGUAGCCCAAUGGAAGGUAGAUUGAAGUAUCUAUUUGUCGCUAUCAGAAUUUAUUACCAAGAAACUCCUGAACGUCCCGAGUCUGCUGAUGAUCUACUUGAAUAUUGUUCAACACACAGUCCACCCAGUGAACCAACUUGAAUGAGCCAAGUUAUUGAUGAUCGUAUGAUUUUGUGAUUGAUUUACUCAAAUUGAUUUGCUUACCUGGAUGCCUGGUCAAUCACAUGAGCUUAGAAUUUCAUUCCAAAUGCUCUAAAAUACGCUAAUAUCUCAAUUUCCUAGAUGAAACAGCAACAGUUACUUCAAAUGAUUAGCAAUCACAGGCUUAUUCAUACUUCUGUUCACAAUAUCGCGUUUCUUCACGACCAAGUUGUUCAAAAGGCUUUACCUUUUAUGGAUCGACCAGAUUUAAUCAAUAAUCAUGCUUUACAUUUGCGUCUCUUAAUAAUUUCACUAAAUGUGAGGAUUGACAAUAAUCUUUCGCCUGUCACUUGUUGACUGUCAAUAAUAAUUUGUGUUCAACUAA